AUGGAGGGUGACUAUGAUAAAAUAUUAGUGAUCAAUUUUGGGACUCAAUAUUUUCAUCUAAUUAUAAAACGUUUAAAUAACAUAAAAAUAUUUAGUGAGACGAAAGAUUUUAAUAUUGACUUAAAAGAUAUAAUAGAUUUAAAUAUAAAGGGAGUUAUUUUAUCAGGGGGUCCCAAAUCUACCAUUGAACCAGGAUCUCCUCAUUUAAAAGAUGAAGUAUUUGAAUACUUUUUAAAAAACAAAAUCCCAAUUUUGGGAAUUUGUUAUGGUAUGCAAGAAAUAGCAUUAAAAAUGAAGGGAGAAGUAAAAAAAUCCAAGAAUUGUGAAUAUGGUUCUACAGAUGUGCAAAUAAUAACAACAGAAAAUGCACAUGAUGAUAGAUAUAAGAAUUACAAAUUAAUGGAUAAUUGUGAUUUAUAUGAUAACAUAAAUGAUAAAAAAAUUACUGUAUGGAUGAAUCACACGGAAGAAGUAUCAAAAAUUCCUGAUAGUUUUUAUUUAACAAAUUCUAGUGAGAAUUGUUUAAUUACAUCUUUUUAUGAUAAAGAGCAUAAUAUUCAUGGGGUUCAAUAUCAUCCAGAAGUGUAUGAAUCACUUGUAGGUGAACAGUUAUUUUUUAAUUUUGCUUAUAAAGUAUGCAAAUGCAAAAAACAAUUUGACCCUAUUAGAUAUCAUGAAUUAGAAUUUAAAAAAAUUGAAAAGCAUGCACAUGAUCACUACGUUAUAGCUGCAAUGUCUGGUGGAAUUGAUAGUACUGUUGCUGCUGCUAUUACAUAUAAAAUAUUUAAAAAUCGCUUUUUUGGUAUUUUUAUAGAUAAUGGAUUAUUAAGAAAAAAUGAAGGAGAAAAUGUAUUUUCUUUUUUAAAAAAACUAUUCCCUGAUAUGAACUUAACAAGAAUAAAUGCAUCAGAUAAUUUUUUAAAAAAUCUAAAAGGAGUAACAGAACCAGAAAAAAAAAGAAAAAUUAUAGGAAAAUUAUUUAUUGAAGAAUUUGAAAAGGCAGUCACAAAUAUGAACAUAGAUGUUAAUUAUACUUAUUUAUUACAGGGAACUUUAUAUCCAGAUGUAAUAGAAAGUAAAUGUUCCAAAAAUAUAUCUGAUACUAUUAAAACUCAUCAUAACGUUGGUGGAUUACCAACAAAUUUAAAAUUUAAAUUAUUUGAGCCUUUUAGAUAUUUAUUUAAAGAUGAUGUUAAAAAAUUAGCUCAAGAAUUAAAUCUCCCCAAAGAAAUCAUAAAUAGACAUCCAUUUCCAGGACCAGGUUUAGCAAUUCGAGUUGUAGGAGAAAUAGAUGAACAUAAAUUAAAUAUCUUAAGAGAAAUAGAUGAUAUUUUCAUAAAAGAUUUAAUACAUUAUGGUUUAUAUGAUGAAAUUAAUCAAGCAUUUGCCGUAUUACUAACUACAAAAUCAGUAGGAGUUAGAGGAGAUGCAAGAUCAUACGAAUAUGUGUGCGUCUUAAGAGCAGUUAAAACAUCUUCUUUUAUGACUGCUAAUUGGUUUAAAAUUCCAUAUGAUAUAUUAGAAAAAAUUUCAACUCGUAUAUUAAGUGAAGUAAAAGGAAUUAAUAGAGUUUUAUAUGACAUUUCUUCAAAACCUCCUUCAACAAUAGAGUUCGAAUAA